AUGACCAACGCCAAAGAGCACUCGCGUCCGUCAAUGACGAUUGACGAAUCGGAAGACGAUGCACCAGGGCAAUUAAAUGGCUCGCCACAUUCACAGACACGGCAAGGACUGCAGAAACAGACCAGUGUGCAUAGUCGAGCAUCGCAUGUGUCGCACACGUCUCAUGCCUCGGACGACAGCGACCCACUUGCCCCCUUGGAGUUUGCCAUCUCCCAAGGUUACGGAGUGGACGAUGAAGAUUACGGCAGGGCAGCAAUCACGCAAAUUCGGACCACGACAAGUAUUGGCAGCUCGGCAUCACGUCCACCGGAUUUCGAGAUCGUAUUUGUCGACAAUGACCCAGAAAACCCUCGAAAUUGGUCUCGAGCCUAUCGUGCCUGGGUCACCUUUUGUAUCUCGUUUACCACCUGGACUGUCGUUCUCUACAGCACCAGCUAUACAGCCACAAUAUCUGGCCUCAAGGAAGAAUUUGGUGUUCAAAGCACAACUGUUGUCACAUUGGGCUUGACGACGUAUCUUUUGGGCCUUGCGGUAGGAAGUCUGCUUGUUGCUCCCGCCAGUGAGCUAUGGGGCCGCCGACCUGUCUAUAUUGUUUGCAUGGUCAUCUUCACCGUACUCGUCAUACCCAGCUGCGUUGCCACGUCCCAGGCCGAGAUCAUCAUUGUUCGAUUCUUUGGAGCGCUGUUUGGUGCCGCCAUGAUCUCCAACAGCGCAGGAACCGUGGUGGAUAUUUCAACUGAAGAGACGCGUGCCAUGGUCAUGUCGCUUUGGUCCAUUGCGCCUUUGAACGGACCAGUGACUGGGCCGCUAAUCGGUGGUUUCGUCUUUGAGUAUCUGGGCUGGCGCUGGGAUAACUGGCUCGUUCUCAUUCUCGCUGGUGCCGGUACCCUGACCAUGUUUACAACGAAGGAGACUUAUGCACCGAUAAUCCUACAAAAGAAGGCUUCCCGUAUCCGAAAAGAGACCGAUGAUGAGCGGUGGUGGUCACGAUACGACAACAAAAUUUCAACAAUUGACUUGAUCAAGGUCAAUCUGGGCCGCCCAUUUGUUCUCUUCUUUACUGAGCCCAUCCUGUGGUUCUUUAACCUUUGGAUAUCGCUCAUUUACGGCAUUCUAUACCUAUGUUUCGUCGCCUAUCCAAUAGUGUUCCAGCAGUAUCGUGGCUGGAGCGCUGGCAUGUCGGGUUUGGCUUUUGUUGGAAUCGGCAUUGGAACCAUGAUUAUCAUCCUGAGCGAGCCACUCCUUCGCAAGAUUAUCAACUCCCACCCCAAAGACCCAGCUACGGGAAAGGUUCCGCCUGAAGCCACCGCGAGAGUCAUGAUUAUUGGGGCCAUCUUGACUCCCAUCGGGCAACUGGUAUUUAGUUGGACAUGUUUACCUGUCACCAUUCAUUGGGCAAUUCCCAUUGCCUUUGGAAUCCCUUUUGGCGCCGGUAACACCAUCAGUUUCAUCUAUGGAAGCAAUUAUCUGGCUGGCUCGUACGGAAUUUAUGCUGCAUCUGCCCUCGCUGGAAAUGCCGUUACGCGCAGCAUAUUCGGUGGCACACUUCCCUUGGCUGGAGCAAGCAUGUACGCAGCGCUCACGCCACAAUGGGCAGGCACGCUGUUGGGCCUGCUCGAAGUGGCCAUGAUUCCCAUACCUAUUGUAUUCUACAAAUAUGGAGCAAGAAUCCGAGCCAAGAGCCCAGCAAUCAAGUCGCUCAAGGCGGACGCAGAGAAGAAUGAGCUCAGAGCGCAAAAGGCACAAGAACGAAAGGAAAGACGACAGGAACGCGCCGCUGAGAAGGCAGCUGCAGGACGGCAGACGAGGUGUUGA